CUAACAAAGCAAGUAAACUGUUGUAUUCAGGUUAAGAGAGGUCACCCGGAUAUGGUUCCCCCUAGACUGCAGUUAAGCCGGAUUGUAAUUACCAAGUUCAGUUUCUAUGAUAGUUAUACUGCGGAAGGUUCUUAAACAGCCUGAAGUCUCGACUAAAGGUCUUCAGACCCUCUCAAUCUGAGUCUCUAGCGGGCGACUAACCUCCACCGGAGUAAACAGAUUGAGGCCUUAACAAACAAAACCUCCACUACCGGAGUAAAUCCGGUACAGAACAGUGAGUUGGCUCCUCGACUAAAGUCACCAACUCCCUACCUUCAAUCAAGGAUACUCUAUUAACCUAGGCAGAUAUUCUCAUUCUAGGUUAAAGCAGAAACAACAGGAAUUUGAUUAGGAUUCAAGUCAUUCAAUCAUUCAAACCUCAAUUGAAUAUAAUCAAUCAUAGAAUCAGUACUUGGGUUCAUACAAUCAAACCUAACAUACAAAUCUAGGGUUCUCCAUACCCAGAUGAAUGGGAGAACUACUCCAUGGAGAAGAAAGCAAAAGCAGAAUAAGACGCGGAAUUCAUACUGUGAAGGACAGGGGUGAAAAUAUGUGUAAUUAACGGUCUAAGAACAGGGGUGAAAAUAUGUGUAAUUAACGGUCUAUCAAAAAGCUUUUGGAAGGCGGUCUACUCAUGUAAUGAAGUAGAUUGGAAGGCGGCUUGUGCAGAAUUGCAAGCCAUAGAAGCAGCGGAUCGAUCCACAACACCCUACAAAGACUUCAUGGAUCAAGAGCCUAGGUAUUUCUGUCGAGCAUUCCUAUCCCCUAUUCCCAAAUGUGACUCUGUGGAAUCCAAUAUAUGUGAAACGUGGAAUGGAUCCAUAAUCAAGUAUAGGGGAAUGAGGCUGAUUGACAUGCUUGAGGGUAUUAGGGUGUAUUUGAUGGAUAGGUUUGUAUUGAAGUACAAAAUGUUGUAUGAUAACCCUGAUCAGCUAUGCCCUAGAAUUAGGAAGAGAAUUGAGAAGGAGAAGGCUCUUGCUAGAUUGUACACUUCUAGGCAAACAUUAGAUGACAAGUGUGAGGUUAAGAUGGGAAGUCGAGGGUACAUUGUCGACCUCAACAAUCGUAGCUGUAGUUGUGGGUAUUGGGCAGUGAGUGGAUUACCAUGCUGCCAUGCUAUUUCAGCAAUAUCACAUCUGAGGAAAGAUGUUGAUUCGUAUGUUAGUCAAUGGUAUUGGACUCAUGUGGUAGUGGAUGCAUACAAGGUAGGCAUUCCUUGUUUCGAUGGGAGACAAGCAUGGCCAGAGGCCUCUGGCUACCCUGUGCUCCCUCCAAAACAAAGAGCUAUGCCUGGAAGGCCUAAAAAAAAUAGGAGGAAAGCAGCACAUGAGUUUGAGGUUCGACCUCAAGCGCAUGGAGUGGGUGAGGAGGUCUCAAAAAGGGGAACCCUAAUCCAUUGUGGCAAGUGUGGUGCAGAGGGCCAUAAUGCACGAACUUGCAAGUCUCCCACAGUCGUUGAAACACCAAGAACCAGGAGCAGGACCCUUCCUAGGUCGAGGGAGGCCACGCAACAACAACCUGCCUCAGCAACUGGAAAGAGGACAAGAGUGUCCCAUUGCAGCAAAUGUGGCUCUGCCACACAUAAUGCUAGAACAUGUCCCCUUAAUCAAGGGGUUGGAAUUCAGCAAGUAAGGCUAAAUGUGGAUGUUCGAAGAACCAUAGAACGUGAGAUGAGGGUAGCAACAAGAGGAAUAGGAGUCUAUGUAGAUGAAACUACUGGUAACCAAUAUGUUAAGCUGAAUGGAGCACGUGGACGUGUAGUGGAUGUGGGUCAACCUACAGUGGUAGAUGUCCAGGGAAGUCAGCCCCCAGCAACACAACUAGAGACUUGAUGAAAAUAGACAGUCGACUUUUAAACAUUUUGAGCCCCAUGUAAUGACCUCCGAGGAGGGUAUUUUGGAAGUCGACUUAGUUAUAGUGGUUAAUUGCUAUGUAACAUGACGUGGGGUUCUACUUUAAAACAUUAAGAAUGCUAUGUAUUAGGGGAUGACUCAAGUAGUAUUAUUAGGGGUUCUACUUUUAAACAUUUUGAGCCCCCAUGUAUUGACUGAAGUAGUACUUUGUUCCAGACUACUUUGUUCCAGACUAUUUGGUCCAUUUCAAUAUCAACUUUAAUUGCAGUCACAACAUUCAAAUACAAAAGCACAUUACACAGACUACUUGUUCCAUUAUACAAAAGCACAUUACACAGACUACUUGGUCCAUUUCAAAUACAUUCAAAACAAUCACCCUGCUGUUACAUAGACUACUUCCCCCCAUCCUCUACAAACAAGUUUGGUUCCUCCACAAAAAGAGAAGAAAGAAAACAUUGGAAACUAUCACAAUGCCUAUCAUUAAGCGAAUAGCCCGAAUAUCAUCGUUCAAUCUCCUUCCUUGAGCAACCAUAUCUUUGAUCAACGCAUUUUUCUCAUUCUUCCUCCUCUCCGCCUUGGACUCAGCGAGGCGCAAUGCAUCUUCCAACUGUAUUAUUAUUGCCUCAAGAUCCUGGUUUCCAUCAUCAAUCCUCUCGACCCACCUAAAAAACCUACACUUCUGUUUCCCAUCCACAUUCUGUACCAAGAACCAUCCAAUCAACAAACCAAAGCCAUCAUUGUGUCACGCGUAUAGAAACCAAGAUUCUAUGUUUUACCUGCCAAUAUGGGCAUCCAUAAAACUGCCUGCCUGGGUUGGUCGAGGUGCCUGAUGUCUUAACGACAGCGGGAACAUUGUGCUCGCAGAGAACCACCCCACCGCUGUUGAUGCUUGUCGCAGAUGAAGAUCGACGCUUUGACAUCUCGAGACAAACCUCGCCCAACUCGGAUUCGCUCCUACCUGAAGUGAUUCGUGUCGCGAAGUUGUCUGUUGACGAUGUCGUUGACUACCGCCGGUGACGAGGUUGCUCAACGCACGCAGCGACGUCCUCUCCGACGGCGCCGAUUUUGAAUUCGAACCAGAACCCUAAAUUUUUCGAUUGGGGAAAGGGGGAAGUCGGGAAGAGAGAAGAGCCCGAUAGAUUAAAUAGGGGAAAUGGGAAUUUUGUUUUCGUUUUUUAUUCAUAGGGGAAGUGGAAUUUUUGUUUUCGUUUUUAUUCAUUUAAAGUUUUAUUGAGUCAGCAUCCACGUGUAACGUUUUAUUGAUUUUUGGCUUAUGUGGAAAGUGAUACGUCAUUGAGUCAGCAUUCCGUUAGUGUCUGAGAUGCCGUCUGAGACGUCGUUAAAGUUUCAUACGAAAUUGGAUAUAUUUGUCACACGGCCCUCUGAUUUUUGGAUAUAUCGUGUAUUUCCAUAGUUGUGGAUAUAUUUGUCACAAAGCUGAAAGUUGUGGAUAUACAGCUGUAUUUUGCCUAAAAACAAAGACUAAAUUAAGGAUAUCUAAAUCAUUUUAAUGAAAAUUAAGACGCAAA